AUGUUGGAUCUUUUACGAGAUUUUAAAGGAAUAGAAAAUGAGACAAUGAAAUAUCAAAUGCUGGCAAUUACUGAUUGGGUGGACAUUUGUGCAUGUUUUCUGAAUAUUAUUGAUCCAUCUUUAUUAAGAACGAAAGUAUUGGGAAUUCUUCCGCAGCUGAAGGCUUUGGGGCGUCGGCCUGGAAGAGCAAUGUCUAUUUCUGAAAAUGUUUGUCUUAAAAACGCUAACCAGUGUAUAUGCUAUGGAACUAGUUCCAGAUCGUUCAAGAGAAAAAUAGAAGAGAAUCUUAAUAUGUUGAAGACCAAACUCGAGCACCCCGUGUUGGAAAUGGAUACAAAUCUUUAUGCUUCCCUUAGGAUAAAUUUGGAAAGUAUUAGCUCUUCAGACCUUACAUGGAAAGAUCCGGAAGGGAGCAUGGUACUUAGUGACGACUCAGAGAUAGAACCACGUGAAAAUAUGAAAUGCAUUCUUCCCGGUUCGGUUGUAUCCAAGCGUGGUGAAUUCAUGGAAAAUUUUAAUGGUUCAAGUGUUUCAAGGUAUAUGGGAAAUCUACUCCAUAAUAAAGAAUCGAAAGAGAAUGAACCCGAGCUGGUAAAAGCAGCGGAACGUAUACUAGCUAUAUGGAGCAAUCCAGCAUUCCCAUCUAGUAAAUCUCGCAAUGAUCAAAGUCAAGGGACAUAUAUUACCGACGUUGUAGUUCCUUUACUUCAGGCGAGUUUGGGAGGUCUCCAAAUGGCUAUGCCUGCUUGA